UUAUUUAUGGCUGAAAACGACAAAAAACUACAAAUUCUCAAUGUACUAUAUUGACACAAAAUGUACUUAUAUGGUACAAAAAAAGGCCUUAUACAGAACAUUGUGUUAAAACAGACAUCACAACGUAAUUCGUCAUUCAAAAUCCUUUAAUUUGAUGGGUCAUACAUUGAUUUCUGAUUAUCCGUUCCAAAGAUACAAAUAUUUGUACAAAAUUAUGAAAAAUCGAAUAAUUUGAAAUAUUUACAAAAAUAUUUUAAGUUGUUUGUUAACAUGCCGGGUGUGUAUGGUUGAUAAGAAAAGAGUGCAGACGUUAUUUUUGUUAAUAUUAACCUCCAAAGAUAUGACAAGCCACAAUGCUAAAAGUCCGGAUGUAGUCGGAUGAUAACAUGUAACCGCAGUUGUUAUUUGUGUAAAUGUUAUCACAUAUUUUUAAAACUAUAAGGUCUUGUUUUUGCAAAACACAUUCAAUUUCAUUUGAUCACGUUCAUGCUGUGUGAAUUUCGCCUAUAAAUACUGAAAUAAACGAGCAUAUACCACAGUCGACAUCUGACAGUUUCUACAGUAUAGUUACAGUGUUCAGUGGAAAAUAUUCAAUUAAGAUAUUCCUAGCGUUCAGACGUGUGCUCUGGUGAGUUUUAUAUCGUUCAGAAGUGUGCUCUGUUGAGUGGCAAACUUUGAUUUUGUCGAAAACAAUUUUUUUUUGAAAUUUUUAAAACAUAUUUAGUGUUUGGGUUCUAAUUUUUUUGAAUUCUAAGUUUUGAAUAUUUAUUAUUAUGUUAUUACUUAGUGUUGUUUGAUUUGGUCAGUUUUUUUUAAUAACGAAAACAUGAACACAUUCUUAGUCACUAAAGAUACAUUUAAGAAAAUUCGUAUUUCUCAUCCUUUAAUAACGAAAACAUGAACAAAUUCUUAGUCACUAAAGAUACAUUUUAAGAAAAUUCGUAUUUCUCAUCCUUUAAUAACGAAAACAUGAACAAAUUCUUAGUCACUAAAGAUACAUUUAAGAAAAUUCGUAAAUUUGGCCUCCAGGGACGAACUCUGGAAUUUAAAAUCAGGGAUGUGCCGCAGAGUGAGGAACCUGUGGGAUGGGUAAAAAAGGCCAUCGAGGAGAUUGUACUUAAGGGAACAGAAGGUUUGGAACCAACCGAUCAGGUCGGUUUCACUUUUUGCUCGAAAGACUUUGCCAGAGGUCAGGGUUGGAUGAGGUUCAAGCCUGCCUGUGAAGUGACCGUUGAUGAUAUAUGGGAUAAGAUUAGUUCCAUAUAUCAGAGUAAUAGCACCGGCCUCAAUACCGAAACAUUUUGUUUGGGUAUUACGACGGUAAAACUGCCCGCGGGAAAAGGUGGUCCGAGAGGAAGAGCUUAUAACUCCUUUAACGAGGAGUGUUUGAAAAGGCGAGGAACUGUUGUUAUUAAAAACAAGGAUAAUCUUUGUUUACCUCGUGCUCUUGUGGUUGCAAAAGCUCACGUAGAUAAGGACCAAGAAUGGAAGAAGGUACGUCAAGAUAUUGGAAAAAUACAAGGACAAAGAGCCCAUCAACUGAUUGAAGCCGCUAAUGUAACAAUUCCUGUCGGAGGGGCAGGAAUACCCGAACUACAACAGUUUCAGGGACACCUCACAGAUUACAAAAUUGUGGUGUAUAGUUAUGGUAGCAAGGGUCGUGACGUUAUGUUCUGUGGUAACACUAAUGGUCCAGCGUUAAAUCUUUUGUAUCAUGAAGGACACUUUAACGUGAUCACUUCUUUGACAGCUGCUUUUUGUUGUAUUUAUUAUUGUGAGGAGUGCCACCAGCCGUUUAACAACAAAAACGACCACAGAUGUGGUGGUACAUGUUUUGCUUGUCGUCGUUCACCAGCUUGUUCCAAAGAUUGCGUGAAAAUACCCUGCGAUCAAUGUGGGCGAAACUUCUACGGUGAGGCAUGUCUCAAUGCUCAUGCUGGUUCGGUAUGCGAUAAAAUCAAAAGGUGUAAGACCUGUUACAAGAUCUACACCAAAAGUCAUGUCUGUGGUGAGGUCUUCUGUAAAACUUGUAAGAAAAAUUGUCCGUCAGAUCAUCUUUGUUACAUACAGCCCGAUUCUGGUCUUCCUCCAUCAAGCGAUUUUCUAUUUAUAUUUUAUGAUUUGGAAACUAGUCAGGAAAAGAUAUUGGCUGAUGGUUCGCUUCUUCAAGAACCAAAUCUCUGUGUAUUUAAUCAACGUUGUUACAAAUGUCUCCCUGAGAUGAAAUUAGUUUUCUGUCAAUCUUGUGGAUUUCGCCAAAAGAUUUUGAGGGGUCUUGACGUAAUAAGUCUUUUUAUGAAUCAUAUUUUGCAAAUUAGAAAAAAAUUCAAGAAUGUUGUCGUGUUAGCUCACAAUGGAGGAGGCUUCGACCAUCAAUUUAUUUUAAAUUAUAUUUUAACAAAGACUGAUUUAACCCCUGAUCUCAUUAUGCGUGGUACAAAGUUGGUGUCAAUGGCUGUUGGUAACGCUCGUUUUCUCGAUAGUCUUAAUUACUUUCCAAUGGCGUUGUCUGCUCUACCUAAAGCUUUUGGGUUGACAGAGUUGAAAAAGGGAUAUUUUCCACAUCUGUUUAACAGAGAGGAAAAUCAAUCUUAUGUUGGACCUAUGCCUGAUCUAAAAUUUUACGAUCCCGAUAAUUUAAAAGAUGAUGCACGUGACAAGCUGAUCGCGUGGCACGCUGAAAGAGUAGAUGAGGGAUACGUUUUUGAUUUUCAAAAGGAAAUUGUUGAAUAUUGUAUUAGCGAUGUUGAGAUUUUGACUAAGGCUUGUCUCACUUUCAGAAAACAGUUGAUGGAUACUUCAAAUGUCUGUCCGUUUUUCGAGGCAACAACUGUUGCAUCGACGUGUAACAAGGUAUUCAGGCGUAAUUUCUUACAACCAAACACAAUAGCCCUUAUUCCAAAAGGUGGCUAUCGUUUUAAAGAUAAUCAGUCGAAAAUAGCUUUGCAGUGGUUAUUGUGGGAAGAGAAGCAACGCUGUAUUAAAAUUCAGCAUGCCGCCAGGGGACCUGAAGCUCUUAUUGGAAAUUGUAGGGUGGACGGUCUUUACGAAAACACCAUCUUUGAUUUUCAAGGUUGUUAUUACCACGGUUGUCCUACUUGUUACCCUACAGAUAGAACUGCACCCCUUCAUGACGAUCCUUCAGAUUGUAUGGAAAAUCGUCAUGAUAAAACAAUUGCUAAAGUUAAGCAUCUCAGAUCAAUAGGAUAUGAGGUGGUUGAAAUAUGGGAAUGUCAAUUCCGUAAAAUGCUGACGGCCGAGAUAAAGGCGUAUACCGAGGGGCAUCCUCUUAUGGCUAGUUUACCUUUGAAUCCUAGAGAUGCUUUAUAUGGUGGUCGUACAGGCAAUACUGUAGAGUAUUACAAGUGUAAAGAUGGUGAAAAAAUUAAAUACGUUGAUGUUUGUUCGCUUUAUCCGUGGGUAUGCAAGUACGGAAAGUUCCCAAUCGGACAUCCAAAGAAAAUAUAUAUUGGACAGGAAUGCACUGCUGUAGACAUUACUGAGUUAUCUGGAUUAAUAAAGUGUAAGGUGCUUCCUCCUACAAACCUCUAUCAUCCUGUUCUUCCUACCAAGAUGAACAGUAAAUGUAUGUUCGUUUUAUGCCGAAAGUGUGGAGAGGACUUUGCGGAAGAAGAGUGUGAGCAUUCGAAUGAUGAACGGGCUCUAUCAGGUACUUGGGUGAUUGAGGAGGUAGUGAAAGCUUUAUCAAAGGGUUAUAAAAUAAUUGAGACCUAUGAGAUAUGGUCCUAUGAUGCUUUACAGUUAUCGAAAUCUCAGAAAGGUCUUUUUUCCGAUAUGAUGAACAAAUUUAUCAAAGUGAAACAACAAGCUUCAGGGUGGCCGCGAGGAUGUGUAUCGGAUGAGGAAAAGAGCCGGUACAUCGAGGAGUUUCUUCAGAGGGAGGAUGUCAGGCUGGAGUUUUCCGACAUAACGGAGAACCCUGGUCUGAGGUCGUUGGCUAAGCUUAUGCUCAAUUCUUUCUGGGGUAAGUUCGCUCAGCGAGAGAACCUCCCUAAAACAUCCAUAAUAAACAAGCCUGGAGAAUUUUUUGCUAUGUUGAUUAAUCCAUCCAUUCAGGUUAAUACGGUGAUCCCUGUAAAUGAGGACACACUGGUUGUUACGUGGGAGUAUGUGGAGGAGGCGUACUCAAUGUCGUCAACAGUUAAUGUUGUUCUGGCAUCAUACGUUACGGCUCUGGCUCGUCUCAAAUUGUACUCUUAUCUGGAGAUUAUUGGGUCUCGGGCAAAAUAUUACGACACAGAUUCGUCUAUUUACCUUUCCAAGGCUGGCUUACCUGAUCUCCCAAUAGGUGAGUGUAUAGGUGACUUAACUGAUGAGUUGGGUGGGGGGUAUAUUUCAGAGUUCGUUUCUGGAGGGCCUAAAAAUUACGCAUAUAAAUACACUUUGCCUAACGGUGAAGAAAAAAUUUGUUGUAAGGUUAAAGGUAUUUGUCUAAAUUAUGAGGCAUCUAAAUUAGUUAAUUUCGAUACCAUUAAGAAGAUGGUACUUAUGAAGUCUGACCCUGUUUCUGUGGUGACUAAACAAAUACAAAGGACACAGGAUCAUUGUGUUAUCACAAAAACCCUUGAAAAAAAAUAUAGACCAAACUCAGCAAAAAGAAAAUUUUUUGAAGAUUUUACAUCCGUACCUUAUGGUUAUAAAAAACUUAAAAUUUAAACUAUAGCCCAGACUCAGCUUUUUUAUUUUUUAACACUAUACCUGUUUAACACUCACAAUCAACAUUUUUAAUUAGUAAGUUAUAUAUUAAUAGAUUACUUUUUGUUUUGUCAACAGUGGAUGCUUUUUCCUCUGCGAUACAACCGAUCGUCUGUCACACUGAAAAGUGGGUUACUAAAAAGUUGUAGUGAGUUGUCGUUUGUCCUACAUGAUUAAAAAUCGUUAAAAGAUGUUCAGUUAAGACCAUUAAAAGAUAUCUGAUAUAUAGCCCACUGGCAAAUUAAUGAGCCGUUCUGGUUACGUCCGUUGCUCGUGUAGCCACUCAUUAUAAAAGAUGGCAAUCAGAUCAUAAAAAGAUGUCUGCUGAACCAUUUCCUGUAUGUUUAAAAAAGAUGUUCAGUUAAGGUCACUAAAAGAUAUUCGUUAUAAAAAUGUACUAUAAAUAAUGUUAAUAAAAAGAUGCCUGCUGAACCAUUUCCGGUAUUUUAAAAUACAAUAAACAGUUUUCAGCUAUGAACCACUUUGUGAUUUUGUAACAUCAUUACAGCUUUGCUCGUUACUUACUAGAAGGUGGGGCAACAAUCGCUUGUUCUAUGCUAUCACAAAUAUAUAUAUAUUGAAUCACAUUUGAUUCCUCUGAGGAAAUUUGGUGGUUGUAGGCCUCUAGGGGAUGGUGUCCACGAUAAAACACCAACGAGGUAUGUGUUGUACCUCAUGGGUGCCUUGGAAAUCAACACGAGUAACCUUUGUUUCAGAUUAUCCUUGAAAAAAAAAAAUCAGCACGAGCUAUGUUAGCUUUAACGUGACGACCUUUACGACGUGCUUUUUCUUUACGACAAUACUGUUAGAUAUGUCUUUAUACAUUAACAAAAGUUUUUUUCUACCUAGGUAUACUCUAAGUGUAUAUAAUUUUUUUCUCAAUAUAUCUGAUACAUAAUACCUUUAAAUAUGGUCCUCCUUUUGGAGUAUAAAAAGGACGGUCGACUUUUAACCCGCACGGAUGCACGUCUAUAUGUACCUUUACGAAGGGAAUUGUACAUAAACCUAUAAGCUGAUCGUAAUCCAUAUCUGCAAAGUAUGUUGUCAGCUUGGGUUAGUAUAUACAGUGCAUUCCGUAUGUUUUAUAAACAUGAUCAGGGGAAAUUGUUGUCUGAUGGCUAUUAAAGAACCGUCUAUGGCCCUCAUAUAUUCUUAUCGCAGAUGUUUAAUAUCAAACUGUAAAAUUAAUACUACCCACUUGCCGUAGAUGAAAUAUUGUAUGCAACUAUUCAGUCAAUUACAUAAAAAUAAUACGCAUUUUUCUGAAAAGACUUGUGCAUGAAAUGUUUGCUGGUUUGGUCACAGCGUAAGAAUGGUAUAUGUUCAUUGUAGGAAUGUAUGCUUGGAGGGAGAUCGAGGAUGUUUGUUGGUCAUACUGUAAGAAUGGUAUAUGUUCAUUGUAGGAAUGUAUGAUUGGAGGGAGAUCGAGGAUGUUUGUUGGUCAUACUGUAAGAAUGGUAUAUGUUCAUUGUAGGAAUGUAUGAUUGAAACGAAGAUACGAUAUAGUGCCGUUUUGGCAAUGUCUUAUUCACGUCACGUCAUUCACGUUACGUCAUUCACGGUAAAAUAUCACGUUAAAGAGGUACACUGUUAGGAUGGUUUAAAGAUAAAUAGUCUAUACCAUUAGGGAAUAGAGUGUAGCAGAGACCAUUAGAGGCCAUUAGAAACCAUCAGGUCACGUUAUUUACGUCGCGUGAUUCACGUGACGUUAUGCACGUCACGUUCUGUUAGGCACUGUCACGUUCUGUUAGGCACUAUACGGAAAAGAAGAAGAAGAAUUGGCAAUUAAUGUUGAACGUUGACAGAAGAAGAAUUGACAGUUGCCAUCUGUGUCGCCACCGCUUUCAUUUGAUAUCCCAUACGUCAAAAUCGGAUCAUUAGCCAAGAAGAUAUGUUGUAAUGCCGUUUUGGCAAUGUCAAUUAGUUACGUGUUGCAGCCGACAGGUGGCAUGAUAAGAUGAAGAACUGUGAUAGGAUGUUUGAUGGUCAUACUGUAAGAAUGGUAUACGUUCUUCUAGAGGGCUUGGGCAUAGUUACAUGUUGCAGCCGACAGGUGGCAUGAUUAGAGAACUGUGAUAGACGUGGAAUCCCCAUUAAGUUGCCAGGUCAAAAUAUCUCCAAUAGCAACAAAUAUAUUACAGUUUUGGCAGUGUUGCCAUGUUUCUCCUUUCCUUCAACGGCUGUUACGCUAAAAUCAAUAGCAACGAAGAUCUAGUGUCGUUUUGGCAUUGCUGACAUCUUUGUUUUUAUGUUAACAUAUUCAAUAUCCCCUCUUUUUCCCACCGAGACCAUAUUCACACGAAUUGGACCAAUAGACACGAAGAUAUGAUAUAGUGCCGUUUUUGUCAUUGCUGACAUCUUUGUUUAUAUGGUAACAUGCCUUCCUCUUUCCAACAAUAUAUGAUCAGUCAGGUCGGAGACAUGCUCUAAUGCUCUUUUGCUAAUGUCUUUGUGAUUGCUCCUCUUUCGUUUAAUGUCUUACAUGUAAUAAACGAACCAAUAACAACGCAGAUGGCAGAUAGGUGCUUCAUGGAUAAGUGUCUUAUUUGGCUUUCUGACUACACCCUGUAUAUUUUGCGAUAAACGAAAUAAAGAGGAGGCCAUCUUGGAAGGCGAGGGUUUGUGACGUAGGUGGGCCUGGCUGUGUUCCCAUUGGUCGUUGGGCGGGGGCUUCGUUCUCAUUGGUCGGUGAUUGGGGCUAAGUUCUCAUUGGUCGCUGGACUUUGAUCUCAUUGGUCCAUGGGCGAUGCUGUGGGUGGGCGAGGCUUCCUUCUCAUUGGUCGGUGGGCAAUCAUUGGCCGGUGGGCAACCAUUGGUCUGUGGGCGUGGCUUUGUGGUGGGCGUGGCUUUGCGGUGGGCGUGGCUUUGUGGUGGGCGUGGCGUGGGCGUGGCGUGGGGCGUGGCAGAUAAAAUUUUUCCCACGCUGUCAAAAUUUUCCCAUGCCCAACCGACCCACACUCUGCUGGGUUAGAUCAGUGAUAUGGGAGAGAUGUUAGGUUGAUCCCUCCCUCCUACAUCACUGGGUUAGAUUGAUCACUUGAUCAAUGUCACCCCAUUCAAUAUUAUCCGCCAUCUUAAAAAAGCUGGCGUUAGUUAAAAUGCUAGAUACUUAAAAUUAUUAUUACAGAACCAUACAAAAUAAUUUUAUAACACUAGAAAUAGCGAACUUACCUCUGUUCUUCCUCUACCAUCAAAAGUACACAAACUAUAAAAAUAGGACAAAAAUUAUGGUUAAUUUCAAAGCCACAGAACUUUUUCCCAAUGCCAAUUGCAAACUAACAACGACGUGAACUGAUUAUAGUCAAGAUCCAAGAAAUGAAUAGUGCCACGCCCAGAAACAAUUUUACAUUGUUGCCGGUUGUAUCUACAUAUAUGUGAUACAACGACAAAUGAUCAAUGUCACCCCGGGAGAUCAAUCUCACCCCAAUUUACGGUACACCAAAUUUCAAACGCCAUUUUGAUUUGCCAAUACAUUUAUCGAAAACAUACGUAAAAGCAAAGCAAAUUUGACCUUAAAAACUUAUAUACUCUAUCGGCAAUAACCGCGUUUUUGCAAAUGAAAAAUGGUAUUUUUUAAAAACAAAUUAAAUAUCUCAUAAACUACUCAAUAUUUAUCGACCAAUUUUUUUGUCGAUUUAUAAUGAUAAUAUAGUGCACCUUUUUCUGCAAAACAAAAUAUUUUAUAGAGUUUAUUUAUAUUGCAAAUAAUAUAUUUUUGGAAAUUUGUUUUUCAAAUUUGAUUUACAAUUAUUUAAAUAAAUUAAGGGUCAAAUUUAAUUUACUAAGUCUCAUAUAAAAGACUGUUUCUUCCCCUUUGCAGAAAAAAAUUGUAAAAUCCUUAAUAAAAACAAGAAUUGCCGCAGCAGUUCAAAAAGUUAAUUUUGUGCAAAAAUUGCCCAUUUUUAAUUAUUUAAACAAUGAUCCUCUCAUAUGAAUCAUAUACUUUCUUAAAAAUAUCUUUUGUACUUACCUAAGCUUUGAGAUAAAAUUUAUUCCAACCUGUACGGAAUUACAUUUUGAUUUACAUGUAUUGUAAUUUUAUUUGAUCGGUCUAUUAGUCUGAGAGUAACUUGUAAUCUCUCACAUAAGGUGUUUUCAAACUUACCACUUUGCAAGACAGCUGUGUCAUAUGCAUAGUCGUUUUUGGAUUUAUAGACAGUAACAAUAAAUCUAUAUUGGUCUGAGAGUAUCAGCGUUUUAUUAAACGCUACUUUAAUGUCUGUGAAUAUACUUAGGGUGUAUUCUUUAUUGUCCAGCAAUUUUUCAACUCUUCCCACUAACUGAUGUGGUGCAGAAUCGGUAGAUCUUCCCGAAGUAAAUGCAUGUUGAUUUAGGUGAAGUGGGUUAUGAAUGAGAACUAUCCCUUAUGUACUCCUCUCAUAGCCUUUCCAUCAUUUUCAAGAAAAACGAUGUUGGGUUAAUAGGUUGGACAGCCUUUGGUAGUGUGUAGUCCAUCCUACCUAGAUUUGGUAAGAAGACCACACUUACCUCUCUUCACUUAGCUCAGAGCCUACGAGGCUCUGAACAUUCCCACAAGGUGCGGCAAAAGGACAUCCAGUCCCCACCGUAGUAGGACUGGAUAUAUGCCGCCAGGCCCUGGUGAUUUGAAAGGGGUGAAGCACAAUAUGGUUCAUUCAGACUUUUCCUCACUGAUCAAUGUUCUGGCCAGAUGACAGUCAUUCAGUGUGGCUACGAUUAUUUCUUUCAUCCAGUUCGGUGCUUGUAAUGCACUAGAACCGGGGAAGUGUGUUUUCAUUAGGAUCUCAGCACUUUUGUAAAGGUUGAAAGUUUGACAACAUCGGCCGAAGUUUUGAAACUGAUGUUAUAAACCAGGAUCUUGGAAAAAAUAAUAAAGAGCAAAAUAUGUAUAAAUUUAGGAAAAUAAAAUUUAACAUACCGUCAUUGUAUCUACACAUUAUCAUUGUAUCGACACAUCUAAGUAGGUCAAAUAUUUUAUGUAUACCCCCUUUAUAUUUCUAUAGCGUCCAUUUUCAAAUCAGCUUGUUUAUUUAGUUUUAAUUCGUUGCCGCCACAUGGGAUCGGGUUGGCUUGGAACGCACAUGUUGUGUCCCAUGCGACCAUUUUGAAAAUCCGGUAGUGCAUUUUCGCGUAUUUGCAUAAUUGAAAGGGAGUUUUUGCCGGGAUUUAAGUAAAAGGUUUAGUUAUAAUAAGGGAAAAUUUAUUUUCAGAUUAAGAUAACAGUAGAUAAAAGCGAGUAGAUAGUUACAAAUGAUGGGUUGAAUCUGUUUGAAAUGUGGGGUUGAAGAACUGUUUUUUUUUUGUGGCAAAGGAUACAAGGUCCCUCUAAAGUAAACGCGACCAAAAAUUGUGUAUUAAACAUGGAGGGCUAAAAUAUAAUAGCUAUAAAACCCAAACCAAGACCUCGCAUUUAAUCGCAAGAAUUUACAAAGCAUUCAUGUAUGAAAAUUUAAUUUUAGGGUGUUAAUAAAUUUAUGGUAUUACUAGAUUAAAAAUACUAAAACUAUGGUUUUACAAAAUAUUAAUUUUAUACAACGUGGAAUGAAGUAAACACUUCUGUUGUAUAUAGGUGUAUAUGAAUUUAUUAAAAUUCUUAAAAUUUAUCCACAAGGGAGUGGAAGUACAACACAUUUUCGGUCAAACUGACCAUCAUCAGUGUAAACGUCCAGUGUACAAGUAAUUGUAACUAGCCAAUUCAAUAGGUGUAGAAACCUCUAAAUAACAUUGUUGCUACAUUAUAGGUAUGCUAUAUAAUAGUAGUCGACAUUAAGUCAAUGUCUUAAGAUUAUGAAUAUAACAUGUGCAUGUAUGUCAUUCUUGCUCGGAAAUUGCACAAGGUUGUUGUGAUCAGGUGAGAGGUUUACAACCAACUGAAUUUGGUUUGGCGAUAAGUAGAUCAUGACGUAACUAAGCAAAAUCUUCAGAGGCGGAAAGCUGCGUGGGGGACAAAGGGGUUGUAUGCAGGAGUGAAUAUAAAAGACAAACGUCACAAAAACCCUUUAUAAUUUUUUAUUCACCCCUGCCCACCACCCCUUUAUCCCCCACGCAGCGUUCGGCCCCUGAAGGUUUUGCUUAGUUACGUCAUGAUCUACUUAUUCCCAAAUUUUUGUGCACUCGAUCAUGAGCGUCACAAAAAUUCCUUAUAAUGUUUAAAUUCACUCCUGCCUGCGACUCCUUUGUCCCUCACGGAACUGUCCGCCCCUGGAGAUUUUGAUUAGUUACGUCAUGACCUACUUAUUCUCUAAUUUUGGUGCACUAUCUCGAUCAUGAGCGUCACCAAAAAAAAUACAAACCGCGACUUUCACCCCUUAUAACUACCCUCGUACCCCACUCCGGCUUUCGCCCGUAGUGGAAAGUCAUAUUUACACAACUGAUUCAACAUAUCCCCAUAUUUGUCCAUAUUACUUAUCACGAGCCAAAUCCGCUUCUAUCUCUCCGACUAAAUAUGAAAUAUGGUGUGACAAAAGAUGAGUUGACAUAAUCGAAAAACUUAAUUAUUUUGGGAGAAAAUAGACACUAGAUUAUAUUAAAUUAUAUUUCAGCAUUCUCAUUUCAGUGCCAUAUAUAGAUGAUAUAGGACUUUUAUAGAAACUGUCCUUAUUGUACUGAGAAAUAAUAGUCCAAGCUGCAUCGUCGUCCCCGUUAGGUAUAUUAUUCCGAUUCGAUUUUUUUGCACGAACUUACUCAAAAACAGGUCUUUAUAACAAAUCCACAGGGUGCCAGGAGUUACCAUGGUCGAAAAAUUGUAACAAUUUUUUUUAACAAAUUUUCAAAAAUAAUUUUUUCACUUUAUUUUUUAUAUUUUUUAGAUCACUUCGGUCAUUCUGAGCAAAAACGCUCUCUUGUGAUUUUUCUCUAAAAUUGAUUCUUGUCGAGUUAAAAUGCGAUUUAAAAUUUGACAAAUACGGAAAUGGCCAUUUUUAAGUCUUAAUUACUGGGUUAAAAAUAAUAAUUGUAAGUCAGAAAGUAACCAAAUCAAAGUUUAAAGCCCCCUCUACAAAAUCCUAAAGCAAUUUUUGUCGUUAUUUUAUUACUAAGCUGUUAUUCUAAAUUAUUACCAAUGAGCGCUAAGAUCGUAUUAGGCGGCCUCAAUGGUGAGUGCGAAAGAGAUGCACCAUUCCGGCCCUCCAAUGGUUAAUCUCACUCGCACUCACAUUAACGGCCGCAUCAAUACACGCUUAGCACUCAUUGUUAAUAAUUAAAAAUAACGUCUUAGUAAUAAAAUAAUGACAAAAAUUUCUUCAAUCUAGUAGAGGGGGCUUUAAACUUUGAUUUGGUCAGUUUCUGACUUCCAUAAUAAUUAUGUACUUUUAGCCGAAUUAUUAAGAGUAAAUAGUAGCAUCAAUAUUUUUGUUUUUCGAAAGGUCUGCGAACUUUCAACAAUGAGGCAACAGUGCGUCGGUAAUUCGACACUGACAGUGACAUUUAUACUACCAAACACAAUAAUUUUUAUACUCAUAGGCGUGAAAUGUUCUUGAGUCAGUCACGUUCGAUUUCUUGUUAAAGAAAAUCGAUUUUUAGUAGACUCAAUUUUUGAUUGAUUGAUUGGUAUGAUUUAUUGUCAAAAAAUUUUUACAAUUUGUGGACAAAGCUUAUACAAAAUAAAAAAUAGAAUAAAAAACAAAAAAUAAUAAAAACUACAAACAAAAUAAAAACAGAAACAGACACCAAAUAAAUGGCGUGAGUUAUACUACUUAAAUACAAUUUUAUAGUUAUUAAGUACACAUUAAAAAAUUUUAAAAAUUUUGCAAACAAUAUGUAUACAACGUCAGAGCAAAAAGGAGGCGAACGAGGAAAAGGGAAAGGGAAAGUAAAUCAAAAGAUCUAUGCCGCUGCAAAUAUGUACAAAAGUACUCGAAAGUAAUAAUCCUGCAAGUCAAUUUGCUUCGUUUAUAAAAAAGUCAUUCACUGUAUAAAAAGCUCUCUCAAGCAAAUAAGCUUUCAAUGCCUUGCGAAAAGCGGGAAAUGCUGCAAUAGAUUUGAUGUUAGAUGGCAGGUGAUUGUGCAUUUUUCUCGAAUUGUAUAGUAUAGAGCACUUAACCAGCUCAGACCGUGGGGUUGGCAGAUAAAGAUUAUGCUCCACGUUUCUAAGGGGAUAGUUGUGAGUGGGUCUCUCUGGACCUUCUGAUGCAUGUUUGCGGAUUAAACAAACGGAUUCAGAAACAAACAAAGAAGGAAGAGUUAAUAUUUUAAAUUUUUUAAAGAAUUCCUGGCAAUGAACUCUGCUAUUGAGUCUCAGGGAGUAACGAAGAGCUCUCUUUUGUAGUUUAAAAAUACGCUCAAAUUGAGUCGCAAAACACGAACCCCAGAAUGGAAAGGCGAAUGGAAAGGAGAUGAGACUCAAAAAGGGCAUAAUAAACGGUCCUAGAUGUUGACAAAUUCAUUUCCGUAGCAACUGAUCUUAGCGCAAAACAAGCAGAACUUAAUUUUUUGUGUAAGGCAUCAAUGUGCAAGUUCCAUUUUAGAGACUUAUCCACAAUAAGCCCUAAGAACUUCAACGAUUCAACUACCUCUAGGCUGUUGUUAUUAAGUACUAAAGGUUGCAUCAUACUGUUGUAAGGUAGGACUUUGGUUUUAGAAACGUUAAAUAACAGGAGAUUCGAGUCGCACCACGAUGUAAUGGUGACUAGGUCUGUAGCUAUGGUAUUGCGAAGAUCCAUAAUAUCCGUGUUACUCCAAGUAAUACUAGUAUCAUCUGCAAAGAGAUAUAUUUUACCUUUAAUGUUCAGACUAGAGAUGUCAUUUAUGUACAUCAGAAACAAUAAAGGGCCUAGGACUGAACCCUGAGGUACCCCACAUUCUAAUGGCAUGCAAGAAGACGUCCUCGUGUCAACCCUUACAAACUGACUUAUUUUAUUAAAAUAUGAUUUAAGCCAUUUAAGAGCCUUUCCCCUAAAUCCAUAGUGCUGUAAUUUGUCAGUCAAGAUGUUAUGGUUUACACAGUCGAAUGCUUUAGAGAAAUCAGAGAAAAUUGUUGCUGUAGAGUGAUGGUUGUUUAGACUGGAGUAAACAUGAUCGAAAAGGAAGAACAUAGCAUCAUUCGUGCAUUUGUCACUCAUGAAUCCAAAUUGACGUGGAGUAAGCAAUUUGUAUUUCAACAGAAAAGAUAAGAUUCUUUUUUUCACCAGACUUUCAAUUAUCUUCGACAACGUGGGCAGGGGUGCAAUAGGGCGAUAAUUCGAAGCAAGAUCUUUAUCGCCUCCUUUGUGUAUAGGAAUAAUUAUCGCUGUCUUAAGGCAGCUUGGAAAAACUCCAGUUUCGAAUGACCUGUUUAUUAUGGUAGUAAGAUGGUUUAAAGUGCAAUCAGGUAGAGCAGAAAACAUUUUAAGAGUGAGACCAUCAGUCCCAGAUGACGAUUUGUUUUUAAUGUCAUUUAUUGUAGAGC